AUGAUUAAUAGACGCAAAGGAAAUGCAAGUCAUAACGCCAAAGCUGCAUUCAAACAACAAGUUAGAAGAGAAAAGUCGCGAGAUGCCGCCAGAUCGAGGCGAGAAAAGGAAUCAAAUGAAAUCACGGCUUUAGCGCAGAGUCUCCCUUUGCCUUUUGCUACUGUUUCAAAACUGGAUAAGAGUUCGGUAAUUCGUUUGGCUACAGGCUAUAUGUUAUGCAGAGAGUUGGCCAAAUUUGGUUUAAGCAAAGCAGACUUACCGCAUGGCUUAAAAAACGCAUAUGAUGGGGUUGCUUUAGAAGCUCUUAAUGGUUUCGUCUUUGUUGUAACGCCGGGUGGAAAGAUUAUCUACAUUUCAGACAAUGUUGUCUCUUAUUUAGGAUUAUCUGCGGUUGAUCUUUGUGGUCUUAGUAUCUAUGAUUAUCUACACACUGCGGAUGCUCAAGAAUUUAGCAACAACAUUCGUAGUGGUUGUACUGAUCUUAGGAGUACAUACUGUAAGGAUGUAAUGAAGAAAGGAAAAUGGCAUGAGAUCUUUAUGCGAAUGAAGUCAGCGUUUUAUAAGAAUCAGUCAGUUACUCCGAAAUCUCCUGAUUAUAAGGUAGGAAUAACUGACUGGACAGGAUAUGAUCCCGUGGACCUAUACGGAAUGUCUUUAUAUCAGCUCUGCGAUAGGGGUGAUGAUCAUAGGGCUAAGGAGUUCCAUAAAAAUUUGAUAUUGAAGGGACAGUGUGUUCUUACAAACCUGAAAAUUUUGGCUAAGUAUGGCGGGUGGAUCAUGAUUUACAUGAACGCUUCGGUUGUCUGUGAUAAUGGAGCGCCAUCGCCUCAACGUAUUGAAGCCGUUAGCUGUGUUAUAGGGACAUCAAGUGGAAAGGAUAUCACGUCAUUGGAGCAACGUUGCGAAAGUCUUAAUAACUGUAGAAUGUAUGCAAGUGAAACUCAAAUGUGCUUUGGAAAAGAUGAAAAUACAGUAACUCUUAACGCAAAUUCAGAAAUUUCUUGUGACGUAAGUGAUCGUAUCAGAAUCCCGUAUGAAGGGGCGGACGUUAAAUCUGCUUCGGAAAUGGAAGAAUCCGACGUGGAAUGGUUAGCUGAUGUACUUGACUACGAUACUUUCUCAUCAAAUCCAAUGCUAUGCGAUUAUAACGCGCAGUCUGAGUUCUGUAAAGACAAGACUGGCAAUCAUAUUGAGGCAGAACAAGUGGCGGUUCCAAUUAAUGAGAAAGAGGAUUAUGAUGAUCUUGCACCAUUCGUACCUCCUCCAAGCUUCGAUAAUCGGUUGUAUGAUAACUUUGUGAGCAUUUGCAAUGAUAUACGUACUGAACAGGAAUUCAUGCCAGAUUGCACUUUCCUGCCAGCAAAUGAAAUUUCUAAUGAAGAUCUAGUUAAAAGUAAUUAUGACAUCAUUACUGAUAAACGUUACCUGUUGGUUCCAUAG